GGACGCACAGCUUAGGUACUCUGCCCUGGACUUAAGUCUGCGACAAAGUCUAGCAUCAUUCACAAGCGAGAAGACGACAAGCCGGAGACUAUAGUACUUCUGUGCAAUGCUAGUGGAGCCUCCCUGACUCUGCACAAGCGUGAGAGACAGACUCAAGAUGGCGACGGGGAAGGCUGUGCAGAGGCGGAUCGUAUCUAAGGAUGGCCACAACAAUGUGCGCAUUGACAAUGUGGAAGGCAUGGUCAAGUUGUACCUGCACGACCUGUGGACCACAGUGGUGGACAUGAAGUGGAGGUACAAGCUCACCCUGUUCGCCUCCACCUUUGUCCUCACCUGGUUCAUCUUCGGAGUCAUCUUCUACGUCAUUGGCAUCGGCAACGGGGACAUGGAGUCUGGCCUGAGCUCCAACCACACUUCCUGUGUCGAGAACGUGCACACCCUCACUGGGGCCUUCCUCUUCUCCCUGGAGUCGCAGACCACCAUUGGUUACGGCUUUCGCUACAUCUCUGAAGAGUGCCCCCUGGCCAUCUUCACCCUGGUGGCCCAGCUAGUCAUCACGGGCCUAGCGGAGAUCUUUGUGACCGGGGCGUUUCUGGCCAAACUGGCGCGCCCCAAGAAGCGUUCGGAGACCAUCAAGUUCAGCCAGGUGGCAGUGGUGUGCAUGCACCAGGGCCAGCGCUGCCUGAUGGUGCGCGUGGCCAACAUGAGGAAGAGCCUGCUCAUCCAGUGCCAGCUCACGGGCAAGCUCCUGCACUCCAGCGUGACGGAGGAAGGUGAGAAGACCCAGGUGCACCAAAGCUCCGUGGACUUCUACAUGGACUCCAGUGGGGAGUGUCCAUUCCUUAUCCUGCCCCUCAUCUUCUAUCAUGUGUUGGACCAGAACAGCCCCCUGUCCCGGCUCAGCGCUGAGUCUCUCUCCACGGCAGACUUUGAGUUGCUGGUCACACUCAACGCCACCAUGGAGUCCACAGCGGCCACGUGCCAGAGCCGCACCUCCUAUGUGCCCCAGGAAAUCCUGUGGGGCUAUGAGUUCAAGCCUGUCCUGUUCAGCACCGGGACCGGGCGCUACGUAGCCGACUUCAGCUUCUUUGACAAGGUGCAGGUGUCAAGCAGCGAGCCUCUGGGGAGCACGGACAAGCUGCCGCUGGAGGAGGACUAUAAGGCUGCAUAAUAUAUAUGGGACUGCAUGUGGGUCAGGCCUAUUGUUGUGUACAUGUGUGUCCAGUGUGAAUAAAGCUGUGUAAGAGUUUUGUUGCCAGGUGUCUGGGGGGUGGGCAGGCCGCACCACUGCUUUGUGUUGUGGAAACAGAUCUCUGUGUCUCCUCCAAACAAUACCUCAGUACUUCCACCUGCGGGCCCCUGGAUCCUGCCCCCCAUGGCUCCUGACCUCACCCUGUCACUGUUCCUGUCACUGCUCCUGUCACUGUUCCUGUCACUGUUCCUGUCACUGCUGCUGUCACUGCUCCUGUCACUGCUCCUGUCACUGCUCCUGUCACUGCUCCUGUCACUGCUCCUGUCACUGCUGCUGUCACUGCUCCUGUCACUGCUGCUGUCACUGUUCGUGUCACUCCUCUUGUCACUGCUCUUGUUACUGCUCCUGUCUCUGCUCCUGCCACUGCACCUGACCUUACCCGCUUGCUCCUGUCACUGCUCCCUACAGUUCCCCAAAACUGAAUGUCCAGUACUGAGCAUUACUUCUAAAUGAGUGUAGUAGUUUAUUAGAUUAGGUUGUUUUAUAUGGAUUUAAUGUGUGAUGCCAUGAUGACAAAUAAAAAGUGGUCUAAAACUGUGCAGUUCAAACCAUUAAGAAAUAGUGAACGUAAAGAUUACUCUAGCAACAGUCCUGCUUGUCAAGAGAAAUUAAAUCUUUGUGGCCCGCCAUGUUUGCUAAAAUGCAACCGCGUGUGGGCCUUCAGAGCAUGAGUGUCAGUUCAACUCUAAAAGAACAAAACAAAUAGUGCUGAUGGGGACAUGAUACAUUUGGGCAAUUAGGCCAUUACAUUUACUGACUUUCACCAAUGACCCUCCAACCUUUCACACCAAGUACCAUUUAAGAAAAGUUUUAGAUUCCUGAGAACUGCCAGAUCUAAACCAGGACUGUAACCGGACUAUUCCAGGUCUAAACCCGAGGUCUAAAAUUGGUCUAGAUCUUUGCAAUAGAAUCAAGAACUUACCCACUAGAUGAUUAAAAAUGUGAUUAAAAUGGUCUCUAAGUAGUAAAGCCACAGUAUGUAACUUUUCAGCCAAAAAAUAGACAA